ACACCACACACACUCGCGCCGGCAGUAAACAAGAGGCAGCGGUGAGCUACGUAACCCAGCCACCCGACACUCCCGCCCGCCUCCUACAGUGCCUCUCAGUGCCACGCCUCCCACUACCACCCAACCUUCCACCGCGCAGUGCCGCCCCUUCCCACCCUCCCCCAUCCGGACCGUGCAGGUGGUGCCGCGUCACGCCCCCCUGGCUACCAUACAUAUACAUCUAGACCUAGUUAUACCUAGAGAGCCACACACGCACGGCACUGGUAGCCUAGUGAUGGUGGCCGCGGUGCCAGUCAAUGAAUGUUGCUUAGUGACACCGGAGGCGGCGGCGGCGGCGGCGGCGUGCGCGUAAACAGUGUCGGUGCCUCAGUCCUGCUGCGGCCCGCGAGGUGACAGGGCACGCGGCGCUGGGUGAUGGUGUCUCGCGCCAAGCCUUCCGGCGGCACCAUGGCGCUGCACUGCUCGCAGGCCAAGCUGUGGGUCAAGACGCACUACGAGCGUCACCCUGAGGGCGUGGUCGCCAAGGCUGUCAUGUACAAGCACUAUGAGGACUACUGCCGCGAGCAGGGACGCAACAUUAUGGAGACGAGUAUAUUCGGUCGCGUGGUCAAGUCCGUGUUCCCUGACGUGACCAUCCGCAGACUGGGUGGCAGGGACAACCUCAAGUACUACUACUGCGGCAUCCAAGCCAAGGAGAGCUCGCCCCACGCAGGGGACAACGCCACCACCACGCGGCCCAAGCGGCGCCUGAGGAAGCGGGAGCAGCCCACGGACAAGGGCGACGUGCACCGCUGCCUGCUGUGGCUGCACAAGAAUUACCACCUGGUGCCAGACUCUUCGGUGGCCAAAGCCGAGGUGUACGACCGCUACGUGAGCGAGUGCGUGGCAGGCGUGGGCGACCCCCUGUCCAUGCAGCACUUCACCAUGGUGCUGAGCCACGCCUUCCCGCACUCCGCAGGUCGUAGACUCGGCCCGCGCGCAAAUCAACACAAGUUUUACUUCGGCAUCCAGGAGCGCGCGGCACCCCUGCCGCUGGACACCGCGCCCGGCGACCUGCAGGGCGCCGUGGAGCUCAUGUUCAGCAACGGCAGGCUGUGCUACCACGAGGAGCUGCACCCCGACGACGACGACGACGACGACGACGAUGACGACGACGACUGCGGCUGUCGCAGCCCCGUGUCGGACACCUCGGAGGGGUCGUUACGAGAGACCAACACACCACUCUCGGGUGCGCACGCACACCAGCACUACCUGAUGCAGCCAUACAUCAAGGAGGAGCCCGUGGACUACAGCCUGCAGCACCUAAAGCUGAAGGACGAGCCCCUCGAGGACGACUACACCGUGAAGGAAGAGCCCCUCGACCUACACGUGCCGCGCGACGACCCCGAGAUGGAUAUGCCUUACGCGUCCGAGGGGUCGUCCCGGUACCACCAGCCCUCCAUGGGGCCCUCCCAGGGGCCGGGGCUGGGCCACCAUGCCGGGGGCCGCGAUCCCAAGGCCAAGCGCAUCUACAAGCCGCGCUUUCGUGCCAUCUUCGAGGGGUGGGUGAGCGAGGGCAAGGACGACCACUUCCCAGACAACUCGGCGCAGGACGCGUGGGAGGUUCGGUUGCGGGAUUGGCUGACGCAAGCGCUGCAGGAGUGCCCCGCCAUGUGCGUCAACAGGGAUCAGCUGUACGCCCACUACAAACAGGACUGUGACCUGGCGGAGGUGAUGGCGCUGCCGCUCACCUUCUUUGACCAGACGGUGAUGAAGGUGUUCCGGGGCGUGGCCACCAUGAUGCAUUCCCCCGAGAAGACCUUCUACCGCGGCGUGAGGGUCGCGCCGCUCUCCCCUCUGGACGGCCAGCUGGAGGAGCUGGUGGACGACCACCCCCACCCCGCCCAGAGCCUGCACGGCAUCGAGCAGUCCCCGCCGCCCGCCACGGCGCCGCGCGUCUCUCCGCUGCUGGAGGACGAGCGCUCCGAGGCGCCGUACGAGCACUACGCGGAGGAGGAGAGCAGCGCACGGGGUGGGGCUCGGGAGGGUCUGCGUGACGGCAAGUACUACCUCAGCAUGUGGCUCACGGACAACUUUGAGUCUGUGCCAGACUCGUGCGUGCUCAAGGCGGAGGCGUACCACCAUUACGAGCAGUACGCGCGCUCCAUCAAGCAGACGCCCUUCGAGAUGAACGUGUUCGGCAAGAUCGUGCGUCAGGUGUUCCCCAAGGUGAGCAUCCGGCGGCUGGGCGGGCGCGUCAAGCCGCAGUACCACUACUGCGGCAUCGCGGUCAAGCCCAGCAGCGGCCUGCAUCAGUUCAUGGCCGGCAAGGACCCCGCCCAGCGCUCACGGAAGAAGGAGAUCGCUACAGACAACAAGAGUGCCGAGCUGGUGAUCGAAUGGCUGCGCUCCCAGUACGAGGCGGGCUCUGGCCACGUCACCAUGAAGAGCGCCGUGUUCAGUGCCUACUGCGCCUACUGCAAGGCGGUGGGCGAGAGUCCUGUCACGCUCAACUACUUCG